CCUGGAACACCGAGAUCCUGAGCAGGGAUGCAGCUCGGGGCAGAGCUCCUGCUUUGCACGCAGAAGAUCCCGCUCCGGCAGCAUCUCCAGGAAGAGCUGCGGAAAGCCGCUGCCAGUCAGUGUCGACAAUACUGAGCUCGGUGGAGCAAGAAAGUGGCCGAGCUCCUGACCCGCAUGUAGAAAAGCCCCAGAUUCAGUCCUCAGCAUCUUCCAGGCAGGACUGGGACUGUCCCCUGGCUGAAAGCCAAGAGAGCAGCUGCCUGUCAUUGCCGACAAUGCAGAGCUAGGGUCUGACUUUGUACAAGGCAGCUUUUUGUGUUGCAUGAGAUUCUUCAUCUCAAGGCAACCCACGUUGGGCAAAAGAUUCCUGCAUUGCACGGGGUCGGACUAGAUGACCCUGGGGGUGGGAUCCCGUCCAGCUCUACAAUUCCAUGACUCUGUGCUUUGCACGCAGAAGGUCCCAGGUUCAAUCCCCGGCAGCAUCUCGAGGAAAGGCUGGGGAAAGACUCCCUGUCUGAAAAAUGCUCCUGCUGUGCAAACGGGCACUCUGCAGAUGCCCAGAGGCACUUUAACCAUAGUCUCCCUUUAAAAUAAAAAUUAAAAAAUUCUGCGGGCGGCGGCAGCAGCAGGAGGAGCAGCGCCAGCCGCGGGAUCCGCCUGACGGCCGGGGCUUGCCCUUCCCGCUGGGCCGUCACUCAGCCGCCACCGCCCCGCCUCGCCGUUCACGAGAGAGCCCGUCCGGCUGAGGCGAAGCCAGCGCCUCGCUCCGCGGCCGGGAAGAAGCCGCCCAACCCCCGCUCCGCCCUUGCGUCCUUCGUUCCGAGAGAGCCGCCGCCCGGGCAGACGGGCGAGCCGAGGCCGCGCGCUGCUGGUGGGGCGAGCGCGACUAGGCCUCGGAGCCGGGGCCUCGCGUAGCCGCGCCGCCCGGGGGCCAUGAGGUAGCGGCCGGGCUGGCGGCGAGCGGCGUCCCGCUGUCUCCUUGCACCUGACUGCUCUGCCCCCUCGCCGUCCUCCAUGUGGAUGCAGCAGCGGCUGAAGGGGCUGCCGGGCCUGCUGUCGAGCAGCUGGGCGAGGCGCCUGCUGGCCCUGCUGGGCUUCCUGCUGGUGGCCUACUGGUACCUCGGAGGGGCCUGGCCUCGACUCCUGCCCUGGAGUUCCCGGCAGCCGCCCGGGGGCGCGGCGGGGCUCUGCCUGCAGGCCGAGACGAGGGCCUGGCAGGCCUGGGCGCAGCAAGGGGAAGCCAGGCUGCUGCCCCAGGCCCCCGGGCACCCGGCGGGCAGCGACGAUGCCAGCUCCCCACCCGCCCUGGUGGGCAACGGCUACCUGCUGCUGGACACCACAGCCAACCGGCUCUGGGUGGCAGCCUCGGCGGGGAAAGGCCCGGCGCCCACCUUGGCCCACGCCACCGAAUACGCCGCCUUGGCGCAGCUCCGGCCACCGGCUAAUGCGGUUGCCGAAGUGGGGGCUGCCGUGGCUAUGCUGAAGGAAGGCGCUGUCCGUUGGGCACGGUGUGUCCAGACCGGGCUGGCAGCCUCCGAGGCGGCUGGCGGGGGCUGCGUCACCAUCCGGGAGGAGCUGCUAGCCCACCGCGGGCGUCCCCACCUCUACCUGCAGCGAGUAGCCAUCGCCAACCCCACUGACCGCUUGGUGGCCUUCGAGGUGUCUGGCCCAGCCUCAGCCGCCUCCGGGGGAAACGGCGGUGGGAAGUUCAUCACCAGCAUGGAGAAGUCGGGAGACCGGCAGUUCUUCCUCUCCUCUGGGCGGGUGCUGCAGCCCGUGGGCGACAAGGUGGUCCUGGUGGUGGUGGCGGCCAAGAAGCUGGUCAACCGGGUGCAGGUGGCGCCCAAGUCCCAGUUCGACGAGACCCUGCUGUCCGUGGUCCAUACCUCGGAGCCCGUCGAGGCCGCCCGUGUGGACGAAGCCUUUGGCAGGCUCCAGGAGGCAGCCAAGAAGGAGAUGCUGGAAGUCAUGAGGAUGAGGACAGAGGACUUGGUGCAGGAACACAGGCAGGCGUGGGCCGACCUGUUUAUCUCAGGGGUCGAGAUGAGGAAGAUCACCGAUGCUCACACCCCCUCGAGUGACACCGUCAACAUGACCCUGUAUUAUGUCCUCUCCACCACGCCCUCUCCGCUCCUUGACCCUCUCAUUGGCAGCGAGGAGAGAGAGAAGAUGGAGGCCACCCUGAACUACGCUGACCACUGCUUCAGCGGCCACGCCACAAUGCAUGCCGAGAACCUCUGGCCGGGCCGGCUCUCAACUGUCCCCCAGAUCCUCCAGCUCUCGAACUUGUGGAAGCUGACUCUCCAGAAGCGCGGCUGCAGAGGCCUGGUCGCAACGGGGGCCCAUGGCCUCAUGCAAGGGAUGGUGCUCAGCUUUGGCGGGCUCCAGUUCACGGAGAACCACCUCCAGUUCCAGGCUGACCCCGGCGUGCUCCACAACAGCUACUCCCUGCGUGGCAUCCACUACAACAAGGACCUGAUCAACUUGGCCGUCCUGCUGGACUCGGACGGGAAGCCCUUCCUGCAUGUCUCGGUCAAGUUCCAGGACAAGCCAGUCAAGCUGUACGCCUGCGAGGGAGGCUGUGCCAACGACCCCAUCGAGCUCACAUCGGAGCCACGAGGACACACCUUCCCUGUCAUGGUGACGCAGCCCAUCACCCCGCUGCUCUACAUCUCCACGGACCUGGUCCACCUGCAGGACCUGAGGCACACGCUGCACCUGAAAGCCAUCCUGGACCAUGAGGAGCACAUGGCCAAGCAGUACCCUGGCCUGCCCUUCCUCUUCUGGUUCAGCGUGGCUUCCCUCAUCACCCUGUUCCACUUGUUCCUCUUCAAACUCAUCUACAACGAGUACUGCGGGCCAGGAGCCAAGCCGCUCUUUCGGAGCAAGGUAUAAACCUUCGCCAGCCGGGCCUGCUUCAGAUGCCUGAUGUUCAGCAGACUAACUCAGCCUCUUGGGUUACCUUUUGUGUGUGUGUAAUCCAACCCCCCCCCCCCCACGGAGCCAGGAGUUUCAAACGACCUGCAGGUGUGCAGCAUCCCUGCGUGGAAGGCAACCAGACCUUGCCUGGGAGCCUAUAAAAAGGAGUCUGAACACUUUUAUUUUCAAUUGUCCAAAUUGCAGUGUUGGCUCCUUUACAAGAAAGUAUCCGGGGUGGGUGCACACCAGCAGUUUCUGCUUCAUUGGGGUCCCUUGCGGACGGCCUUCACAUUAAAACGAUCUCCCAGUGGCUGUUCUGAAGGUAGCUCACCAGCUAUAAUGCUCUGAUCUUGCUGUGUUGCUGCCCCAGGACCCUCAAUACAAAGGGGAUUUGACCAACUGCUAAGCUAGUAUUAAGUGUGUUUGCUGUAUAGACAUGCACACAAUUUCCCUUGAAGGAGAGCAGGUGGUGUUAACUGCUCCCUCUAAAUUGAUCAUCUGUGUUGCAGGUGGCCCUGUUGCUAGUCCUAGAGGUAGGAAAAUGUGUGGCGGCUUAUUAGAUGAGAAGUGCCAUGCUCAUGGUGCAGUGGAGGUACAGAGGAACCAGUGGAGUAAAACUCCUUUGAUUCUAACUCCUAUGGGGAAAGAAGGCUUUCCUUGACAGGUUAAAUGUUCAGCGUUUGCCAGAGGUGGUGGUGGUGGGAGAUUUCAGGUAGCUGGCCUGCUUUUUCCUCCCUCUGGAGCUGAAAUGGCAUGUGGGGUUUGAACUUUGUCGCAUCCCACAAGACCUGAUGAGGCACUUCACUUUGGUGCUCUGGAUGACACUUGAAAGGGAGGCGUCAUCAUUAACAGCACCAAAGGCCAGAUUUUGGUGUUAAAACAUAGGGGAGAAAAGUGGCAGGUGAGCAGCUCUUUCCAUUCAAAAAACAAAAAUUACAUUCCCCGCCCCACUCAAAUAAAGCAUGCAACCAAGGGAGAGAAGUGACUGGAAGUUUUUUGCAUAUAGUGUGUGUACUACUGGAAUCCCGGAAACCCGCAGUGUGCUCUCUUCAUCCACUGUUCAGGGGGUGUGUCCUUUUUACUCCUGGAAGAUCUGAGGCCCCUGUUGCCUCUUUUGGGGUCCCCCCUGCAAUGCAGACCUGUUACCCAUCAAGCAGUUGGUGCAACCAGCAUUGUCGUCACACGGAAAAAGUUGCUGAUGAAGAAGACUCUAUUCAGGGUGGGGGUUUGCCUGGGUGCCACUCAAAGCACUAGCCCCCCUGGGGCCCGCUUGCAGAUUCUCAACACCUGAAAGACAUCACCACAGUGAGCGUUCCAACAUCUUUCAGGUCGGAGGCCAGGAGGUGGAGGCAAGAUUGGGGAGUGGGAAGAGAGAGACACUUUUGAGACUUUGCUAGUCUUUCUUGGUGCCCUCCAGAUGUUUUGAACUACAUCUCCCUGCGUGCUGGAUGGGGCUGAUGGGAGUUGUAUUCCAAAACACCUGGAAGGCACAAGGCUGGCAAAAGACCUUACCGAGAGAGAAGGUGGGAGUUUGCCUUUCCCUGUAGCGGUGCCAUCAGCAGUUUUCUUGCUUAAAACAAAACCUGGAGUUUUUGCACUGCAAAAUGUUCAGCUUUAGAGAUAGAAUCAGUUUGCUAACAUUAAAAGUUUUUGAGAGCUCCUGCUCUCUGUGUGUGUGCACUCCCACCCAUCAUUCAAGGGGGGGGGGGCGCAACUGAGUGUCUUUUCUGACUGUGAGCUAAACAAUGUGGACUGACACCCUGCGCUAUUAACUGACCCAAAAGAUCUCUGUGUCUUGAGUGUGUGAAUGACUCCGAUCUCUCAGUGACCCAGCACUGGACAAGACUUCAGCUGAAGAACAAGGAACUUUUUGAAAGCAACAUAUGCCCUUUUGUGCCUUGGUGGGAGGGUUCAUGGGUGGGUGGGGGAAAUGAAAAUGUCUCUGGUAAGAAAUUAUACUAGCACUUGUGUUUCUUUUCCAUCUCUGUCUCUCUCUUCCGCAUCACUCUCUUACAGGGCCGUCGGCCUCCAUUAACAUCUACUCUCUUUAGUGGAGAAUACUUGAAAAUUACAUGUUGGCUUGUUAUGUUUAGCGUUUAUAGGAAAUGAAUAAAAUCCCAUCUUCUCCCCUCCCCUCUCUUUUCUUGUUUUUUGGCUUGGUUCCCAAUCUAAUUCAAGAUUUCCCCCACCCCACCCCAUAAUUGAAUGUUGGCUCAUUCUUUUCAUGUACUUUAAUUUAUUGUUGUUAAAAAUGUGAUGUUGAUUCUUUGCACUCGCAGUGCUACUCUGCAGAGUGAGUUAACAGCAAUUAAGAAUGUAUAUGUGUUCAUCUCUCACAGGUUAACGCUUGUGCUGGUAAUGAAUUUCUCUGCCUUCUCCGUAAGCAUAAUGUACAAAAUAGUCUACUUUAAUUAGCAUUUGGAGGAAGGGAGGGAGAAAUAGUUAUUGCUCCAAACCUGUUGCAGUGUUCUCUUUUCUAAGCUUCUGGAUUGUGGGGAGACAUAGACUUUCUGAUGAUUUGAAUGUGAUUUGUUUUAUUUAAAACACCAAAGGUUUUGAGGUUGGGUGGGUUGUUGUUUUUUUCUAGGAAAUAAAAACUUUCCAAAUCUAUA